UUUUAUUUAUCUCUUCGCCUCCUUUUCCUCUCUCUCUCUCUCUCUCUCUCUCCUUCCUCUCGAAGAGUCCAUUUGCUACACGGAAAAUCGCUUUGGGCUUGUCGGAGAAAAUGAGUUUGAGAGCGAAAUUCUUGUUCCUUGCACUGCUUUUCAGUUGGACAAUUGCCGAUGCGAGAAGUUUCGUGACCGCUGAUAUUAUAAUUACCGAAAUAGUCCUUGAGACUCAGAUUGAGAAUAAAGUCCCUGAAGCACUUGAGCGAAACGAGCUAGUCUGUUCUAUGUGUGAAAACUUCACUGCUCAGGCUGUUGAUUACUUUAGUCAGAACAAGACUCAGGAAGAGAUAAUCCAGACCCUUCAUCAAGCAUGCGCCGAGCUGAAGUCUUUCGAACAACAGUGUGUUAUGUUGGUGGACUACUAUGCAACUCUUUUCUUUGUUGAGAUUGGAAACAUACGUCCGGAGGAGUUCUGCAGAAAGGUAAACCUCUGUGAGGGGAGUACGUAUAUCUCUCUUCCAAGGAGCAACAGUACCUGCGUGUUUUGCCACCAUUUAGUUGAAGAAGUGCUCGAGAAACUGAAAGAUCCUGAUUCCCAGCUCGAGAUAAUUCAAAUGCUUCUCAAGGAAUGCAACAAGAUGGAAAAUUAUGUCAAAGAGUGCAAGAGGGUGGUUUUGCAAUAUGGUCCUCUCAUCCUAGUUAACGGCGAGAAGUUCCUCGAGACGAACGAUCUUUGCGCCUCCAUCCACGCCUGUAAAGCUAGCCAACAGUUAUCUCUUCCCUCGAUCGAACAGGAAGCGGCGACAUUCGUGGCUGAAGCAUGAAGAAGAGAAAAAACGGCUUUGAAGAAGGAAAAGAUAACAGUUGCGGAGUUUAUUUUUAUCAUGAAAUCUCUCCCAUGGAUAGUUUUCACACAUUGUGUAACUAUUAUUUUGCCUAGUAUUCUUAAGACCUGGUUUGUAUAUAAAGUGUCGCGCCGCAUGUUCUGGUACAUUGCUUUAGUGCUUUUGCUACACGAAUUCUAUCUAUGUGUAUAAACAAUUUAAUCAGUAGUAGCUACUUUGUUUGCCAUUAUGUA